AGAAGUUGAUUGCGCAGCAUCCGCAUAAACACAUCACUUCAGAAAGAUCAACGUCUCGUUCAGUUUUCUUCUUCUUUUUUUUUCUAAUUGUCCUAUUUUUGUUUGGAACUUCUCGCUUCUGCUUUGCAUCGUGUCUAAGCGUUUUUCGUGUACGCGUGUGUCCGUGAUGACGUUUUUUAUUAUUCAUGUAACAUUUCCGUAGAACACUUGCACGUCUUGACGACCUCGCCGCGCAGUUUUUUUAUUUUAUUAUUUUCCCUCAUCGCAGUUUUGCUUCUUCUCCGUUUUCUGUGUGUGUGUGUGUUUCCCCUUUUCCUUUGAGUUUCCUUCUCCCUCUCUUCUUUCUUCACCUGCCCCCUCAUCUUCCGUGAUCAACAGACGAUUUACUGGUAAGAGGGAGAGAUUAUGGAACACCGGCAGCCGUCUCUUUUACAGUUGUUAGUGCCGAACAGCGCCGCCGCUCUUGGCCUGCACGACAAGAGGAACCAGGAUGACUCGUCCUUCUCCGUCGCCUCGGCGGCCGCCGCAGCGGAGGGCACGGUGUCGGCGCUGUCGACGGCGACGAAAGCAGCAGCCCCGUCCGUCGUCUACACCCCGUCCACGGUGUCGAUACCGCACUCUGACGGGGUGACGGCGGCCCCCACUGCAAUGGACAGUGACGACAUAUCAUCCCCGUUUCCCGAUAACGGCAGCACGUUAGCGGCGCUAUCAAACCUUUUCAGCCAGGCGGUCUUCCAGCCGCAGCAGGCUGGCGGCGACGAACGCGGCCUGGAGGAGGAGGAAGAAGGGCGCCCGUCGGAUGCUCCGACGGCUUCGUCAAGGACCACCUUUAGUUUGGUGUCUCGAAUGCACUCGACAAUUCUUCCACAAACAGCAAUAGACGCUGCUGCUGCUGCGGCGGCGGCGCCCACAGCACACAACGCCGACCAAAGCCAGGCAUCGAGUUUCACUGACGCUACCAACACCGCUGCUGUUGCCGCACAGUCUGCCGUUUGUGCCGCCCCGCGCGGUCCAAUGGAGGCGAUGGCGUCCAUCACCACCGCACAUUCUGGUAGUAACUCCCACGCGGCCGCCGCGCGCGAUCAAUGCCGAUCGAGCGGCAUCAACGUUUCCAUUCCAUCGGAUAUCGAUUGGGAGCAGGAGCCGCAGCCGGAGGAGUCGCCGCCGUCGCGACCUCCUUCCCGCGCGCGACGCGCCACCCUCGCUGGUCCGGCAGACUUUCCCGAAAUCUCCGAGCUCGGCGCGCAAGCGAAAGGCAACCACGCCGACGGCUCCCAGGCUGACCCGGCCGCGCUUAGCCCCCUCACCAACGACGGAAUGAAUGUUCCUUUGCUGCAGGUGGAGGACGACGUACCGGCAAACGAGUACAUGUCGAACCUGUUCGUCUCGUUCGACUUAAACUUGUCCGCCGCCGGGUUUUACUCGCCGCCGCGUGUGCUCAGCACGACCGGGUUGGCGGUGCCUUCCUCGUUGACCUCCUCUGUGAGCCCUUCCGCCGCAAGUCAUCGCAAGCAGAUGUCGGUAGAGAUGCGCUCCACCACCAUGGCCCCCGUCGCCAACGCCUGCAACUCCACAUCGUCUGCCCCCUCGCAAAGUGCAGAGGGUGGGACGGGCGAAAUGCGGCGGUUUUCCCAAGCGUUUGCGCUACAAAGCUCCGCCAGCGACGGAGGUCAGCAGCGGCUGUCGCAGAUGAUUUCUCUCCCCCAGGAGAGGCCGACGGACUCGUCGACGGCGGCGAGUCAUCACUCGACGGAGGUGCCGACGCCGAGAUCGAGCGCGGAGCACAGCUCGGCUGUGUUGGGUGCCUUUGCCGCCUCGACGGAGGACACGCUGUUGGCCGCAGCUGCCCCCGCGGACGCGGAGGGAAACGACGAAGCCCUUGCGGCUACCGUUGCGGGUGCGGCGACGGACAGCGAGAAUGCGAUGCAUGGAAAGCCAGCGAUCGCCUCGUCCCGCCCUGCUGCGGGUGCUCCCGUUGACGACAACAACAGUAGCGCGUCCGCUUCUCCGUUUCCAAGCCUGUCGUUGAAUGAGCGCUCGUCGACGCAGCGUCAGGCCAGCAGUCCGCUGGCUAGUCGCCGUUCUGAUCUGACAAAAGCGACGGAUAAUGUUGCGGCGUCUACUUCAGCGCCGUCUCCAACAGAGCCGAAAGGCAGUGAGAAGGGCGGUGACCUGGGUAGCGGUGCCAAUGAAAGCAUGGAGGAUCACGAGAAUGACAAUUCUCUAUUUUCGACGAACGCUGCGAACAACAGUGGAUCGGCCUCUUCAAACGCGUGCGCGGUGUCGUUGGCGGCACCGCACUCGGAAUCCCUUCACGCUCACGGUGGGCCAACCAACAGCGGCAGCCUUCCGCUGCCGCUCGCCACCACUGACAACGGAAACGCGAAUCAUCAAAACUCGACGUCGCACAGCACCGUGAGUGUCUUCUCCUUUUCGCAGGACGCCGUUGCGUGGCCGUCCGACGGGCUCAGCAGCUCCCAACUGCGCGAAGACAGCGCCGUCAGCCAGAACGUUACUCGGCAUUCUGCGCUGCACUGGAUUCAACGAUCGUUCUUUGUGCCACUGGGCAGGAUGACUUCCUCCGUGGGCAGCUUCUUCGUGCGUCGCGUUCGGCAAGGGCGAUGGCUGAUGUUUGGUUUGUUUAACAUACCCAAAGCGAUGCUCUUCUCCCCUAUCAGGAGGAUGCUGUCCAAGCAGACGGAGGAGGACACGAUGCAGCGUAGCGGCAAUGCCAGCAGCCGAGGCAUGCGAAAGAAGCCACACCUCACGGUGAAACUGCAGCUGGAGCCGCGUGAUGCUUCGCCGUCGCCCUCUUCCUCUACCUGCGACGCGUUCUCCGAGGCGGCGGGCGUGGGCAGCGUGAGCUUCUCCGAGACAAUACCGCUGUCUCUGCCGCCGUCGCAAGGCGCGUCGCCGGCGACGAACGGGCCGGCGUCGUGGCGGCGCGGAUUGACCUCAACGCAGGUCUCCGAGGGCUUGCAGCAGACCCUUCGCGAAACCUGGAACGGCGCGGCCAACGCGUGGUUUGGCACCGCGGCGCAGCGUGAGCCGCGUACCGCGCUGCGAUCUUCUAACAGAAUUCGACGCAGCGCCGCAUCGGAGCAAAGUCAGUCGUCCCCGCAGCUGCAACCUUCCAGCGGCGCCAGUGGUGGCGGUGGCGGUGGCGAAGACCUCCUUUGGUAUGCUCAACACAAUGGCUCUCCCUCGUCGCUGCGCCUGUCCUUCUCGGACUCCUUAUCUCCCGGCUACGAAGGCCUCUCCGCUUCUGGCGUCUUCAACCGCGGAACGCCGCUGUCGAUCUCGCGCCAGCUGGCCGCUUUGGGAAAUAGCGGCAGUCUUCCUGCAGGCAGCCCCUUCGUCGAGUACAGCGCGUCCCCGAAACGGAAGCGAAACUCACUGAGCGGCAUAGCAGCUUCUACCAAUUCGGCUCUCCUGGACGACGAAUACCGCGCGCAGCUGUACCAUGAAUUCCAACAUCCGCCCAGUUGCAUCAUUGGGGACUUGACGGGUUGCUAUGUGGCGUACAAGGCGAUGUCGGAGACCUCAUCGAACGGGCACCACGUCUUGAACUGGAAGGAGCUGAGCCUUUUGCUGCAGCCGGAGGACUACAUCGACUACCGCGACCUUUUUCCCCCGUAUCAUUUCUUGACCUUCCCUGACUUUGUGGAGUUUGUGGAGGUGCUGUCGGUGCGCCAUCGCCGUUGA